UACACAUUCGAAAUCCUCAACUUUUUAUUUGGGCUAUUUCAAUAGUAGAACUCCACAUCAGCUAGAAUAACAGAAAAACAAGCAGAACGAACGGAAAGCGCAACGACAAGCUUGCCCAUUUAACCAAUAGAAAUAUGUCAGCGGCUGGAGUUGAUGCCGAGCCAAACGCUGCCGCUGCACAACAGCCACAGCCACAGCCGCCGUCACCAUCACCGUCACCGUCACCAACGGGCACAACAACUACAACGUCACCGAAGACAGCGGCGACGGCCACAACGAUACCAACAACAACCGUUAACGCAACGGCUACGGCUACGGCAACGGCAGCAACGGCAACGGCGACGGCGACACCAGCCGUGGCUGAAAUCGCCGCAUCCAGCAUACGCUCCGGCUUGGCUGAAUUGGAGCUGCGCUCCUCUCAAAUGCUGCAACGCCUGGAGAAUGUAAAAGCUUUGCCCGGCUCGCCGACCAAAGUGCUAAGCGAUUCGCCCGGCGACAACCAGAACCCCGGCGACAGCCAGUCGCUGCAGGAGGCGGAGCAAGAGCGUGUGCCGCGCACAUCAGCCGCCGAUUUGGUGCUGUCCACGCAGCUGCGCCAGGAGCAUCGUGUGCCCUCGGACAUACUGAAGUCGCUGGAACAGCUGGUUGCCUAUUCGGACAGCGAUGAUGAUCCAGAGUUUCCGCUGCCCGCCCUGGACGAUGUCUCCCAUUUAGCGCUCAUCUCGCACAGCAUCGUAGCCUAUCUGUCGCACCUGGAUCGUCAGCAUCUUUUGCGCGUGACGAACAGCAUCUCGGGCGACGCCACACGCUGGCUGGGCACCUUGUUCCACUUCAACAAUGCCGCCAGCAGCUUUCAUGCGGACAACGCCGAUGCCGUCCUGCGCACCGUGCGCCUAGCCAUUGUCGCUCGCUGUCCGGGCUACUUAGAGGGCGGCAUUCCGGCCUUGGCCCAGCCGUGCUUCUACAUUUCGGAGAAUACGACGCCGGUGCGUUUGCAGUAUGCUUGCCGCCAGCUGGGCAUAUCGCUGGAUGCCAUCAAGAUCAUACCGGAGGACAGUAAAUAUGGUACCCUGGAUCUGACGCAGCUGCAGAAGCAGGUGCAGCUGGACCUGUCUGCCAGUCGCACGCCGCUUCUGGUGGUCGCCGACAUCGGAGCCUCGCUCUGCGGCUAUGUGGACAAUCUGCAGAGACUGCGCGACGUCUGCAAGGCGCACAACAUGUGGCUCCAUGCCAGCGGCCAUGGCCUAGCCGCCCUCGUCUGCGCCCAGAGUCCGGGCAAUGUGCACGACGUGCUCCAUUCGAUGGCCCUCAAUUUGGGCAGCUGGCUGGGCGUGCCCAGUCUGCCCAUUGUGCUGCUCCAUCGACCGUUGCAGAAUAGCGCGCUGAGUGCCUUCGAAUCGGAUCCGAUCCUCUCCCGGCGACUCAACGCCCUCUCGCUGUGGACCAGCUUGCAGGCGCUCGGACGCAAAGCAAUUGCCGAACGGCUCCACGUCGCAUUCCAGACAUGCAGUAUUCUCUUUGAAAUCGCCUCCAAGUGCGAGGGCAUUCGUGUGCUGAGUCAUACGCCUGGUGCUCAAACGGGCGCCGCUCUGUCGGACAUCAUUAAUAGCGCGUUCGAUGUGAACGCCUUGUUCGAUGCAGCUGCUCCGGUGGUCGUCUAUCAGUUCGAUGGCAGCACAACCAUUCCAAUAACAUCGAGUGCUGAGCCAGCUGCCGCUGAGACGGGCCUGAAGCCACUGGAGAAGGUGAACAAUGCCUCCUACUUCGAUCGGCUGAACUCUUGGCUGGGUCAGAUACUACAGCGUGAUUGUCCCAAUUUUGAUUUUGAGGUCAUUGAGCAUCCGACGCAUGGCAGCUGCAUACGCUAUUGCCCGCUGGAGCUGGGUCUGGGCGAGCAGCCGCCCAGCUCGGAGAAUUUGGAGAGCUUUGCUCAAAGCCUGGAGGCUCAUGUGGAUAUAUUGCGGGCCACGAUCAAGCACAAGGCACGCUUUAUGCAUUUGGUUGAUCGCAGCGAGGUGCUUCGACUGGUGCCGCUGCCGGAGUGGGCGGGCAUGGGCGGUGUACGCUUCGUGCCCGAGGGCUGGGAGUCACUGCUAACGGAUCAGGCCAAGACAGAGCUGAACAAGCUGAACAUCGACCUGGUAGAGGCUCUCAAGUCAACGGACAAUGCCUUCUCGCUGGGCGAGGGCACCGAUGGCCUCAUCUGCGUGCGUUUCGGCAUGGUCACGCACGAGACGGAAGUGGAGGAGCUGCUGGAUCUGGUUGUCACCGUGGGCAAGAGCGUGCAGGAAAACUCACGCGUUCUCGACACCAUGUCGGAAAUCGUGAAGAAGGGCAUCGAGGCAGCUACAGCGGACCUGCAGCGCGAGUCCGAGGAGAAGCUGUGGCAAGAGGGCAUACUGCGCCACGUGCCGGUUGUGGGUCGCGUCUUCAACUGGUGGUCGCCGCCCGCCAAGGAGUCGGGCAUCAAGGGGCGCAGCCUCAACUUGACCCAGGGCGUCGUGGAGAGUACCGAGAACAUUUACAAAUAUCACAUGCAAAUGUCGGGCGAAACGGCUCACCAGCUGCCAGCAAAUCGCUCGCCGCCCACGCCCAUGAUACAGACGCCUGUGGUAUCCACGGCCACGUCGCCUAUAUUCCCAACCGUGGAGCCCGUGACAACGGAUGCGACCGAAAUGUCCCAAUCCCCCAAUGCUGUCCCAGCAGCAGCUACGAUGGGAACGGGAGCGGCAGUGGCACCGUCAGCUGGAGUGGCUGCCACAUCUCUGGCAAUAUCGGCAUCGGCCUCAGCGGCCGCUGCCGCAGCAGCAAUUGGCAACCAUGUGGAUCAUGCGCGCACUGUUAGCCAAAGCAGUGCCGGGUCGUCGUCGGUGCCGGAACUGGUGGCUGUCAAUAGUGCAAUUAACAAUAAAUAACUAAGCGACUUGGCCCAUUUGAUAAAAGCUUAUGAUGAUGAUAAUGAUAAUGAUAGAGAUGACUACAAUGAUGACGAUGAUGAUGAUUAUGAUGUUGAACAACAGGCUUGAGCAGCGCCCACUUAUGAUUACGCCGAAAAACAAAUGUUUCCAACCAGCAGACAUCAUAAUAAUAAUAACUUAAGCCUUAUGCAUACCUAACCAGAUGAAACCUUAAAACUUCUAACGCAAUUCUGUAAUUCCAAAGAGCCCGAACAGGCAUCCGACUGAUGGAUGAUGUUCCCCAUGCAAUUGCACCUUUGCUUCUAUGCAUUGCAGAUAGACAGACGCCCGACAACCAUGUCCAUCCCUCAACUAUCCAACUAUUGUAUUAUCAUUUAUCUAUUCCCACAUAUACAUAUAUAUAUACAGUAUAUAUACACAUAUAUUUUUAACCAAUUUAUUAUUCGUAUUUGACACAUUAUUUUUAACUUUGAUUUUGCAUCGCUGUCGUUGACGUUGUUGUUGUUGUUGUUGUUGCUCUCCGUUGGGCGUUUUGAAUUCCUUUUUCCGUUCUCCUUUCGUUUAUUUUCGUCUUUUCAAAUUAUUCAAAUACUUUUUUCUAUAUUCUUAUGUUGAUAAUUCCAAAGUUUAAUCAUUUGCAGCAUUCAAAUUUAUAAUUUGUUUAGGCGCUAAGUGAAAUCAAA